AGAGAGAGAACGUGGUCUGCUAACCGGAGUGGCUUCACCUCCUCCUCCUCCUCCUCGUCGUCGUCUUCCUCCAUUACGUAGUGUUGACAUCGAAGAGACGAAAGGGGGCCAGAAAACUCCCCUUGCAGAACUCCAUUUAAAAGUGUUCGAUACGGUGUUGUUUUUGUGGUGUUGAAAGUGGUGGUGAAAGUCCUUGGUGGUGGUGAUUGUGGUGAUCGGUUUAAGGUUAGGGUCUUGAUAUAGGUUUUGCGGUGGUGGUUUGGUGAUAUUUUGGUGGUGUGGUUGAGUUUUUGUGGUGGUGGUGGUGGUGGUGUUGAGUAUAGCGACGCAUAGUUGUGGUGGUGGUGAUGGUGGUGAUAUUGAGUAACCAGAGGAAAGAGAUUUAGCAGUGGUGUUGAGAAGGUGUUGAGAAGGUGAUGUCAAAGUGGUGAUGAACAGUCAUUCUACGACGUUGCAGCUUAUCUUCCGGCGCCCUGGUGGUGGUGGUGGUGGUGGAGGUGGUGAUGACGGCAGUAGUGGUGCUGGUGGUGGUGUGAGAGGCAGUGCAGUGGAGGUAGUGAGGGUGGUGUUAUUGUGACCGAGAUCCCCUAAUUUGGUGUUGAGUGUGGUGAUGAUUGUUAAGUUUUGGUGAUACGUAUAAACAUCUUGGUGGUGGUGAUGGUGGUGGUGGUGGUGACAGCUUGAAAGUGGUGGUGAGAUUUCUAUAUUUUGGUGGUGGUGAUUUUGGUGAUGGUAAUAGAGGUGAAAGUGGUGAUAUUGGUGAUGACAGCUCGAAAGUGGUGGUGAUAUUUCUAUACUUUGGUGUUGUUGGUGGUGGUUAUAGAGGUGUUUGGUAGUGAUGGUGGUGAUAUUGGUGAUGACAGCUUGAAAGUGGUGGUGAGAUUAUUAGUUUCUGUUGGUGGUGGUGACUUUGGUGGUGAUGAUUUUGGAGUUGUUUGGUGAUACGCAUACACAUCUCAGUGGUGGUGAUGAUGUUAGUUUCUCCUAUUAGUGGUGGUGAAACUCGUUAAUAGCAUUCAAUAGUAGUAGUAAUAAAAACACCGAUCGCAAUAGUAGUGGUGGUGUUGGCUGGUGGUGGUGACAGUCUUACGUUAGUAGUGGUGAUGAAACCCACAAGAUGCAGGCCUUCAACACCUCCUACUUACAAACACUGCGUCGGCGGUUCUCGCGGGGGUUCGAUCUGGGUUCGGACAGCGACAGCACCGACGGUUCGCCAUUCGAGUCCGUCCAUCUGGGAGACCUUGUUGCCAUAGCGCGACACCAACGCCUCCAUUACAGGUUGAUCGAGACGGACUCCAAAUCUCUCAACUCGCUCUCCACGCAGUCGGUCGGGUCAGCCGCCGGCGCCGGACACUCCAGGAAGUCGUCCGAUACUUCACAGAUCUCUGUGGCCUCCGGGGGUUCCAGUGGUUCCUCAGGGGCAGGCUCGACAGGCGGAUCGCAGUUGCAGGACCCCGAGGAGGACCUUUGGGGACUCUGGGGCCGCCUCGUGAGUGACUGGGAUGCGUGGAACAAGAGGAAAUGCACCCAACUGAAGGAGCUGGUGCGGAAGGGCAUCCCACACCACUUCCGCGGCAUCACCUGGCAGCUGCUUUGCAAUGCCCACAACUCGCCAGAGAAGGGCAAGUAUGCUGAGUACUUGCGGACCACCUCAGCCUGCGAGAAGGUCAUCCGGCGGGACAUUGCCCGGACGUACCCGGAGCAUGACUUCUUCAAGGAGAAGGACGGGCUGGGGCAGGAGAGUCUGUUCAACGUGAUGAAGGCGUACUCCCUCCACGACCGGGAGGUGGGCUACUGCCAGGGCUCGGCCUUCAUCGUGGGGCUGCUGCUCAUGCAGAUGCCAGAAGAGGAGGCGUUCGCGGUGCUGGUGAAGCUGAUGCAGGACUACCGGAUGCGUGAGAUGUUCAAGCCCUCCAUGGCCGAGCUGGGGCUGUGCAUGUACCAGCUGGAGUGCCUCAUUCAAGAGCACCUGCCGGACCUGCACGCCCACUUCACCUCCCAGAGCUUCCACACCUCCAUGUACGCCUCCUCCUGGUUCCUGACGGUGUUCUCCACCACGCUGCAGCAGCCCCUCGCGUGCCGCAUGAUGGACUGCUUCUUGGUGGAUGGCGUGGAGGUGAUCUUCAGGAUAGCGCUGGCCUGCCUCACGCUGGGGAAGGAGGAGCUCUUCACGAUGGACAUGGAGGGAAUGCUCAAGUACUUUCAACGAGACCUCCCGGCUAAGUUUGAGGCCGACCCCGAGGUUUACUUCUCCCUUGCCUACUCGCUGCGCUACAACCCCAAGAAGAUGAAGAAGAUGGAGAAGGAGUACACGGCCAUGAAAACCAAAGAGCAGGAGGAGUUGGUGGAGCUUAAGAGGCUCCGGACAGAAAACCGACUCCUGCGCCAGAGGAUAGAUUGCCUGGAGGCGGAGUCGUCUGCCCUGGCCGACCGCCUCAUCAGGGGUCAGGUGUCUCGCGCCGAGGAGGCGGAACACAACUUUGCAAUCAAGCGUGAACUGGCAGCUCUACGGCAGCACGACGGGGAGACAAUGGAGCAGCUGGUGACCGCUCGGGAGAAGAUCCGCAAGCUGACUGGAAUGAUAGAGGAGAACUGCUCCUCGCGUGAGUCAUCCCUGGCAGAGCUGAUGGUGAAGGAGGAGGAGCUGGUGCAGAAGGAGGAGUUAGUCAAGUGUCUUCAGGAGGAACUUGUCCAGCUGACCCUCAACACAGCACUCCCCUCUCAGGUGAGGCUCAAGACUGCCGAGGCGGAGGCCACCAUCCGCGACCUCCGGGCCAGGAUUCAGGAGCUGGAGGAGGAGCAGAAGAAGAUGAGGGAGGCCACACCAGACCACUCAGUGGCCCACCUCCAGGAGGAACUCAUUGCCGUGCGGCUGAGGGAGGCCGAGGCCAACCUGGCCCUCAAGGACCUGAGGCACCGCGUCCAGGAGCUGACGCAGCUGUGGACCAAACAUGUGCAGGACCAGCACGGCGAGAAGAGUGAGGCCGCCAAGCCAGACGUGACCAGCACCCCGAGCAAGAAGCUGGGACUCUUCUGGGACCGGUCCAGCGAGGCGGCUAAGCUGGAGGAGGAGCUGAUGACCACCAAGCUGCACGAGACGGCGGCCGUGGCGGAGCUCAAGGAGGCCAGACUCAAGGUGAUGGAGCUGGAGACGGCCGUGCAGGUGUCCACCAACCAGAUGAAGCGGCAGGAGGAGGAGAACAAGCGGCUGCAGGAGGCUCUGGACGCCGCCGAGUCCAACAUCCGCACCAUGCAAUCCCAGCUGGGCGACCACAAGCGGAAGUACACCGACCUUGAGAGCCAGAUGAAGGAAGAGAAGAUGUUGGCACGCAUCCGGGAGGCAGAGAAGUCCCAGAGCCUGGCCGAACUGACCCAGAAAAUCUCAUCAUUGGAAUUUAAGAACCAGGAGCUCGUGACGGAGGGCGAGGUGUCACGUGUGGGCGGCAGCGAGAGUGACCAGGUGCCCCGACUCCAGGACAAGGUGGCGGAGCUGCAGGCUGAGAUCGCCCGCCUCUCCGCCAUCAACCGCCGACUCACCCGCACCGUCAGCCUCCAGCGCCUCGACGCCGUGAGUGGGCCGGAGUCCGACGUGGAAGACGCCGACGACUACCGACUCAACCUUGACGACGCGGAGCUGAAGGACUGCGGCACGGUGUCCUUGGCGGUGGCGGGGAGGGACCGGAAGAUCUCGACGGUCUCCACGUGCAGCGAACGUUCGGUGACACCACGGGAACGGAGAACAUCGACCAGUAGCGAGCGGUCCAUCACACCACCGAACCGAGAGAACAUCACCCGGAAGACAUCCCACACGCUCGCCGAGGCCUUCCUGGAGCAGCUGCCGGAGGUGAGGCACACACAGGACGACAUGGAUGACCUGGACGCCGAGGAGGAGGAGGCGGCGGCACCCCCCAUGCAGAACGGCUCGGCGCCUCAUCUGGAAAUGGAGGCUUGUUAGUGAACGGUCCUCGAGGCUUCUCCAAUCCUCCUACUCGUGAUGGUGAGAUGGACAGCUUUAAUCCGCGGCGCAGUGUGAGGACUUGUGGUGCUGUGUAUGUGCGUGUGUGUGCGCUGUUUGUGUGUGCUGAGAGGAUGAGGAACAGGGAGACAGGGAGAUGGCGAGGGAGUUUGGCGUGACCCACACCCCUCGUAACCCCCUCCGGCACAGCAGCCAAUGAGAACACUGUAUCGCCACCGUUCACGCCACUCCCCUGUGCACUGGUCACCCGCCACGGCACCACUGGACCACUAGUUAGUUCGUAGCAAUGACUGACGUCUUUAUACUUUUUCACAUGGUCCGAGUGGCCAUCCCGACAGUCCGAGUUGGCUCACCGGGCGUCUGUUUACCACUCCGUGUCUCCUCGCGCUCGCAGGGAGGGACGGACGUGUGUGUUUUGGCUCAUGUUUGUCGUCUCAUUCAUGUGGAGUCAGUUUUUAGGCGACGGUUGCCAAGUUAUGUCCUAUUAAGAGUUGCCAGAGCAUUAUAGAAGGGAAGGUCCUGGCCGGCUGUGGGUGGGUAUGUGAGCUCUCUGGAGGCAACGUGAUAAGAGUUGAAAGAGAGCUUGAGGUUAUGAAGUGCAAUGAGCUGUUAGUGGGUAAUGUGAUGAGUUGAAAGAGAGCUUGAGAGGUUAUGAAGUGCAGUGAGCUGUUAGUGAUUGGAGAGGGAAGAGCUGAUGAAGUAGAUGAAGGGAAGAGCUGACGAAGCUGAUGAAGUAGAUGAAGGUUGUUGUAAGAAUCCAAGAUGAGACGAGUGAGAUAUUUUAAUGCGGUUUAGUAAGAGCAGCUGGCCAGGAGGUGAGACGAGGAGGAAUUAGUCGAUGAAACCUAUGGGUGAAGGAGACUGUAGCAAUAGAAAAGCUUCACAAAUAUUUAUAGGCACAAUCAAUGUCAAGCUGUGAUGUUCUCCCCGAGCUCUCGCUUCCCCCGAGGAGGAGCGGGACACCACGAUAACCAAAACAGAAGGUAUUUAUUUAUUUAGGUUUGCAUAUGAUGAUGAUGAUGAUGUGUACUUAUGUUAUGUAGACUUGUGUAUAUAAUUAUUAUAUAUAUAUAAAUACACACAUAUAUAUAUAAAAAAAUGGAAAAGUUAUUAGUUCAUUGAGACAUGCAGGCGAAAAUUCUAUAGCGCUCGUCUUCCUGAGUUUGGCGACGAGCGAGGUGUAUUUUUUGUUGCGCUUCAAGCACCUUCGUCACACAGAGAGAGAGAGGGAGUCCCAUGUCUGUGUUUCUUAUACUUGGGGUGUCGUAUAUGUGACUUCCCUGCACUGUGACCCAAAACACAUGCCCCAGAUACAACCCCCAGAUAUCACACUGAAAUCACAACUCUUAGGACCAUUUAUGCAACCACGCGGACCAGUGACGUAACGCGCUUUGUGUACGUAAAUGAGUGCAGGCGAAGGGCUUGUAUACGAACCGACUGAAGGGAACACAGCCAGGACUCCCAUCACCUUAAGAAAUUGGUCUUCCUUGAUACACUACACGAUGGGGUGACAAUCAGGGACGUGAAGGGACCAUCCAAGGACCAAGCUAUCACCUACCGAGCGUGACUAUACACGGCCAUCAGUCAGUCAGUCCGCCAGUCAGUCCUUGAGUUGUGCGAUAAGCCACAAUCAACGCAGGUGCUAAGGGAAAUAAACACCCAACUCUUGCAAUUGUCACUCUGUCUUGCUUCGUAGCGGAUUAAAAUUUCUUUGUGUUCCAGAUGUUCCUUUCCUCCCCCCUCGACAUCGGCGGCACAGAGACACACGCUCCCUUGUUUGGGCGCUCCGAGAGUCGCUCCAUGUGUGUGGCUUGUCGACUUUCGCUCCUGUUCAUUCACUCCUUAACUGCUGUAAUUUGCAAAGCUUUCUAGGUCAACCUGAAUCACUGGUGCACGCGAGUCUCCUAGUGAUAGCAUUGAUUCAAUACUCAAUAUUUCUAUACUUUAAAAUUUAAUAUAUAUUUAGACACAGAGGCAGAUUCACUUGUGUGUGUAUGUGACGUGAAGCGAUGGAGGUACAGACAGUUAGACGGACCUUUAACUUUGUGUGUCAGGAGUCCACGAGGGUCACGCGUUGUGUUGUUUUCCGUACCGAAGCAAAAGAUUUAUAAAGACUGUGAAGGUAAAGAAUUAUGUCAUGUAGCGAAGGGUAGAGAGAGGGAAGCGGAAUGCCCCAAACAUUCCACUGUAAUGCAACUCAGACCAUUUGUCAUGAACUUCAAUGAUAAUUAAAUAUGAGACUAUUUA